AUGGAUGGCAUCAGGUCCCUCCUGCCUUUCUUCCUUCUGCUGAAGCUAGCAGGGGCCUUGCAGCUGGGGCGGUGGAAUGGGAGCGGGGACCCCAUCCCCAAAGGGUGGCCAGGAGAGCAGCUGGGUGGGCCUGGAGGAGAAGGCACCCCAAGAGCAGGGCGUGUCCCAGGAGAGCGGCUCCUUCAUCCCAGCCAGGGGCCAGUGAGCCAGGCUGCUGGCACGGGGCUGCCUGAGGGUGGGGCAGAGGAGCAGGUGCCCCCCGUGGAGAGCAGCCCCAUCUGCCCUAGCAAGGGGGGCCUCUGGCUGGGGUGUGGCAGCAGGGUGGUAAAGAGCGGCCUGGUUUGCGCCUUGGGCAUCCUGAUCAUGCUGGGCAACGGGGCGGUCAUUGCGGUCAUUGCCUCCUCUGUGUCUGGCUGGAGCCACAGUAGCCGGCUGGUGCUGCUCUCUCUGGCUGCCGCCGAUGCCGCCCUGGCAGUGCUAGUGGUGCCCCUCAACCUGUACCACAGCCUGGUGCUGAGGCCAGUGGCGGAAGAGGGCACAGGCGGGGCCUCCUCCUGCCGGGCGGUGGCCUUCAUCAACUCCAGCGUCUUUGGGGCCUCGCUUUACUCCUUAGCAGGCGUCUCCCUGGAGCGUUACGUGGCUGUCUUCUUCCCGCUGCGCUAUGGGCACCUCCUGACCAGCAGGCGGGUGGCCCUGUUCAUCACCGCCGCGUGGCUGCUGCCUGCCCUCCUGCUGGUGCCGCUGACCGUACCAGGGCCCAGAGCGGUGCUCCGAGUCCGCUUCUCGGCAGCAGCUUUACUCUGCGAACCGGACUACGCCUCCAACCCCCCCUACUCCUUGAUGUUGGCGGGCACCAUGUUCUUCCCAGCUGCCGGGACCAUCACCUUUGCCAACUUACGCCUGUGGCUUGCAGCGCGCUCCCAGCGACGGCGUGGGAAAGGCCUGGCCUUUCGCGGGAGCGGGGCAGGGCCCGGGAGGCUCCGCUUGCUGCACGUCGGCCCUGCUUCCCGCAUCCUGGGGCCAGUUGUCCUUGCCUUCUAUGUCUGCUGGGCACCCUGCAUGGGCACCAUCCUGUACAACGCCAUCACCCGGGAAAGAGUGCACGAGUGGCUGGAGUUCGUGGCCUUGUGGCUGCCCACCGGCAGUGGCUUCCUCAACUGCUUUGUCUACUUCUGGAUCAACAGGAGCUUCCGGCACAAAUUCCAGAAGCUCGGGCAUCAGCUGUGCCAGCUGUGCUGUGGAGCCAAGCAGGCGCAGCCCGGCCCCAGCCUGCCAACCCUCAGUGUUGCAGUGCAGAGGGGCUGUGAGCAGCCAGGCCUCUGCCCAGACGAUUCUGGCAGCUGCUCUUCCAGCAGCCUCAUCCUCUCCCCGGGAGCCCGGGCCCCCCUGUGA